UCGUGCUUGAUUCCCCCAACACCUACCUCCGGUCAGAACAGUCGCAGAGCAGAGGCGUGCAUGUGUUGCUGCUGGACGAUGGACACGGCGCCGGUCUGCCUCGACCUCAUGGUCGGGCGUCCCAUGGACCACGAGCCGUCUCCGGCAAGGUGCACCGGAAUGGGAACCCAAGCUUGCAUUGCUAGCUCACCCUGUGGCAGAGCACCUCCCAUCACCAACGAUGAGGCUAAGAUCCUGGAGGCGAAGCUGACGCAGGUGAGCGAGGAGAACCGGAGGCUCACUGAAAUGAUCGCAUACCUACACAGCAACCAGGCCGCGCGCCAGAGGCUCGACGGCGAUGGCGAGCAGCCCGCCAGCACGGCCGCGUCGCCGACGCCGCCGGCGAGCAAGAAGAGGAGCCGGGAGAGCGUGGACACCUCGCAUUCUUGCGAUGCCAACAGCAACAGGAACGCACGCACGGCCGCGCCGGAGCAUGUCGAUGUGGACAGCCCGCUGAGCAACGCCACUUGUCGGAGAAUCAAGGUGAAGAAAGUCUGCACCAGGAUCGACCCGUCGGACACGAGCCUCGUUGUGAAAGACGGGUAUCAAUGGCGGAAAUACGGGCAGAAGGUGACACGGGAUAAUCCCUCCCCCCGAGCCUACUUCCGGUGCGCCUUCGCGCCUUCCUGCCCUGUGAAGAAGAAGGUGCAGAGAAGCGCGGAGGACAGCUCGGUGGUGGAGGCGACGUACGAGGGCGAGCACAACCACCAGCGCCCCACGCGUGCCGGCGAGCGGCCGAGCUGCGCGGCGGGGAGCGGCGGCUCGGUGCCGUGCUCCAUUUCCAUCAACUCCUCCGGCCCGACCAUCACGCUGGACCUCACCAAGGACGGGGGAGGCAUGCAGGUCGUCGAGGCAGCAGGGGAGGCGCAGCCGAACCUGAAGAAGGUGUGCCGGGAGGUCGCGUCGCCGGAAUUCCAGAGGGCGUUGGUGGAACAGAUGGCCCGCGAGCUCACCGGCGACAGAAAUUUCAUCGACGCGCUCGCAGCGGCGAUCCUGCGGAAGCUGCCGGAUUAUUAGCAUUUAUUCUGUAGAGACUAAGGCUGACGUAGCACAAAAUUUCAUCUAGUACAGGUAGACAUUAAAUUCCGAUAAAGUAGCAAAAAAACAAAGUCCAAAAUACAGUUUUCGUACAUCAAAGAUGAACAAAUUUUUUA